AUGCCGCCAGUCACUCUGAAGCCAGUCACCCAAUCUAGGGUCGCGGACAUCUCGGAUCGGCUCCCACUUUUGCUGCUCGAACGUAACCAGUGGUCCGCGAGCUACGUCAGGUCGCUCGUGAAAAAGUCGCCCGCCUGCAUCACAUCCUGCAAAGGCACACAGUUGCCCCUGGAGCUGUGGCUCGAAAUCAUCGAGAUUGUUGAAUUUGCACCUGAUGACUACUGUGCUCUUCUGCAGCCAGUCUCGGUUCGCGAGACCGACGGCCGAUCUCUCCUCGUUUGCGUCGAGAUAACCGAUUGGGAUACAUGUGGAGAACUCAAAUGCACCUGGGCCUACGAUCAUCAUCUUUACAAUCCCUACCAAAAAGACGGCUAUGAGAAGAUGGAGGAAGGCGAGGAAGAGCCCCGUCCAUGGAGAAUACCUGAAGUCACCCCAGAGAACGAAAUUUUGAUCGAACUUAGCUCUAUUCCUGAAGAAGAGGACCAGCUUUCUGGAAUCUGGUGCGACGUCGAGGUCAGACACAUUAUUGCAUUUAUGGAACAGGGGGAUUGCUGGACUUGCAACGGCUGCCGCUGGAUGUACACAGCAAGCAGAUACGGCUGGAAGAUUCAGGACAGCCACAGGUUCGGGGCUUGUUGGCCUGACAAUGGUGGAAGCUAUUUUCUCUGCCCGCUUUGUUGUGGCGAGGACGCUAUGAAUGUUUGUGUUGAUAUCAUGAUGAGGGAAGAACGGGACGGCUAUGAUAGCGACGACGAGGAGGUGAAGAAGCUAGAGAAGUGGUGCGAUCAACGCCUUGAGGAGCUCAAAUACGCGUAA